AGGAGCGCCACUGGGUUUUCGUCUGCUGGCCUCCGAUAUGAGCUCGACUAAUCAGCAUUGAUUUCAUCCACAUUUCCUUAUCAUAUUAACUGUUCCGAACGCGUAAGGCAGUUGAGGCAUAUCCACAAUGAUAUUUGGAGGUGAGACGGUGGACGAGGUCAGCUUCAGGUUCUCAGAGCUGGUUCCUGUGGUGCUGAUUGCCUGGCUGACAGGCUCCACUCCCCGUGCUGCACAAUAAAGAGCCUUUCAAGCCCAGACAAGACUACAGGGCACCGCCAUGAAGCCAGGUCACGAGCGUAAUCAGGAGUGCCUGCCUCCCAAGAAGAGGGAUCUCAACAACAGCACCAGUAGUAGUAGUGCGGGAGGAGGGGCAGGAAGUGGGGUGGGGGGAGGAGGGGGGGUGGAAGUGGCCACUCAGAGCUCAGGGGUCAGUAGUGACACUCAGGGAGGAGGCACAGCAGAAGAGUGGCUGCGUGCCCAGCCUGGUCUACACUAUGGAGUAGAGAGUGCUGAGGGCCUCCAAGGUCUGCCUGUUGACCAGUACAGCAUGCUCUAUAGGGUGGCUCUCCCCUCUGUCUCCUACUCCCAGACCAGUCUACACCCAGUGUUAAGCCAUAUCUCUCCAGCUUACACUGUCCCCUCAUCUCUCCUACAGCAUCAUCCAGGGAUCUCCUAUCCCCCUCUAGGCUAUGCCCAGAUCCCCCACUCCUCUUUCCAGUUUGUCUCCCCAUACGGUGCAGUCCCUUAUGCAGUCCCCCCUGGCUUUGUCCCCAGCUCCCUGAUCUCUCCCUCGGGCACCCUCUCCCAGCCCCACCUGGUCCCCUACCAGUCAGUCAUCCAGGAGGGGGUGGUCUCCCCUCCUACCCAGACCCAUGUAUCUGCCCAUGCCUUUGCCAAAGUGGGGUCGUCCGGAGGUGUCCCCCUGAUGCUGACCUCGGAGCAGGCUGCCCAGCACCAGCAGCACCUGGGUGCGCUGCCCGCCGCAGAGCUCAGUCCUCGGGGAGUGCCAGUCUUUUACCACUCUCGGGGAACCAGGGCUGCACCUGCCCCCUGGGACCCCUACAGCGGGGAGCAGGGGACAGAUGGGGAUAGGGAGGUGAAUGGAGGGGAGAGGGAGCAGGCAGCCAGGGAGAUGCUCCAGGACUACAAUGCCAGGAAUGCACGGUUGCUGCAGGCAGCAUCUGCCUCUGCAGCACUGGAGCACGCACAGGACAGAAGCCUGAAGAGCCGCAGGCUGGACGAGAGGGCUUCGCCUGGGCAGCGCAGCACCCCAGACACUGACCUGGAGGUUCAGCAGGUCGUUGGUCGCCUAGCCUCUCCUGUCCAAGGUGUGAGUGGAGGCCGCAAAGAGGUGUCCUUUGGUCCACUGAACCUAUCCCAGGGCUCUCAGAGAGGCAGAGAGGCUCAUGGGGAGGCAGGGGAGAGUGCUGGCCGGACAGGGUACGCGAUCCACCCUGCGGUGUAUGGAGACCCCCGAGUGAUGGCCCAUCAACAGCAGGCAGGGCAGCCAGGCCACGCUGUCAUCUUGGCCAAUGGACAGACAGUCCUGGUCCCCUUAGACUAUCACCACCUCCCCCACCAACAUCAACAGCCACCCCAGCACUACCCCAGCCAAACCAAUGAUGACACCUCUGCUGUCACCAUGGCCUCCCCCACCCCCUACUCUAAAGCCUCUGAAUCUCCAGCCAGAGUGUGCCUCCCAGACAGGGCUGUGGUGGAGCUGGCUGCCGUGGAGCAGCACCCCCAGCAGCCUUUUUCUGUCCCAGUCACGGCAGCCCUCACGCAGGCCCCGGCGCCCACCCCUGCCCCCUCCAAUCCCUCCCAUUUCAUGAAGGGGGCCAUCAUCCAGCUGGCCACGGGGGAGUUGAAGCGUGUGGAGGACCUGCAGACUCAGGACUUUGUGCGGAGUGCUGAGGUGAGCGGGGGGCUGAAGAUCGACUCCAGCAUGGUGGUGGACAUCAGGACCAGCCAGCAGAGAUCCGGCCUGGUGGUGCUGCACUUCACAGUUGGCGAGCAGCAGAGCAAGGUGACCAUCGACGUGCCCCCGGAGCACCCCUUCUUUGUGUUUGGCCAGGGCUGGUCCUCCUGCAGCCCAGAGCGCACGGCCCAGCUCUAUGGCCUGGCCUGCCACCACCUGCAGGUAGGAGACGUGUGUGUGUCCAUCACUCUGCAGCAGCCGCCCCAGCAACAGAAACAGCCCCUGCAGCAACAACAACAACAGCAGCAGCAGCAGACCCAAGCCAGGACUUCCACCAAAGCCAACUCCACAUCAGGGGCCAUCGGCCAGCCCAUGGGGCCCCCUGCCCCCCAGCAGCCCAGGCCACAGCCUCACUUCAGGAUGGAACGCGUCCACAGAGAGAGGGAGAGGGGGGAUAAAGAGGAGCCCAUGCAACUAGGGGGUGUUGGGCAGAGUGAGAUGCCUACCAGACCAAAUAGGACUUCAGCAGAGCACACUAGGAGCCAGAGCAGUUACUAUUUGCACACGGAGGGUUCUGUUCGUCCAGGGGCGGGGGUGGGAGUGGUGUCGAGCGCGUCUCAGAGGCGCUGGUCCACCCCCGGCCUUCAGAGAUGCAUGAAGGUGGAGGAAGGGGGGCACCCUCAGCUGGGCUCCUCUCGACCCUCCUUCAUCCCACAGGAGGUCAAACUGUCCAUUGAGGGGCGCUCUAACGCUGGGAAGUAGCACCAACCACAGCAGUCCACACCACAGAAGAGACUGUCAGAGGAGCGAAAGCAUCAGAGAGGGAGAAAGGGGAUAAAUAGUGGAAAUGUAGCCUCAGAAUGUUUAAUAUUUUGCACACCUAAUAAGAUUACAAGCUCUUUGUUUUCAGAGGAACUACCUGGUCUUGUGGCUGGUCAGGUCCGCUCUAUUUGGUAGUCAGUCAGUCAGGACAGCUCCUGGUCCAGUGAUCUCUGCUCUCCCAGGCUGACAGGGAGCGGAUGCAGAAGCAGGGAGUGUAUGUAGCUGGUGAAUCGCCUACCAAAGUCCUCAAACUGCAUCUUCCUUCAUCCCUACCAACCCCUCAGAACCAUCCUUAUCAGAGGUGAACCAACCCUCAGAACCAUCUUUAUCACAGGUGAACCAACCCUCAGAAUCAUCCUUAUCACAGGUGAUCGCAUUCAUUGGACGUUCUCUCUUCUUUGACCAAACCAUCUCUGGAAACCCAAGACUGGGGAGAAUAUGUAGCCCAUGUCUGGUAGACAGACAACAGGGUCUGACACAGUGACAAGAACAUAGCUAUCCUAUUAUGCUCUGUCUCCCCCACAUUUCUAUUUUGGUCUGUUACCUUCAAAAGCGUUCUCCCAAAAAGAAAUCCAAUGAUGUUGGUUCUCUUGAUGCAGACUCUUGACGUGUCAUCGUCACUUAGUGUGCUUCUCUAGUAGGAGCAGAGGACUUCUACCAAGGCACAGACACUCUCCCUCGUCUCCCUGCCUCUCCUCGUAGGGCCCAGUCUGCUGAGAGAGGGUCUGAGAGGAGGGUAAGGCAGCCUUAGAGGUCUUUCAAUCAGCUCCUUCAAUCAACCAAUCAGAACCUAGGAAACCGCUCACUCCUUUCGUAAUGCACAAACCACGCUUCCCCGUUUUUAAUUUUACACCCCAACCCCACUUUGUGCCACGGUUACAUGUCAGUUUUCCUUUCGAAAGAAACCAAAAGAGAUCAUGCAUUCCAGUAUCAUAGUGAUUAUCAUAGUGACCACAACACUCAUCUUCCCAAAUGCAGCCCUCCCUGCCUGCUACACCUCUCAGCAUUCCUCUGGCUGGUGACUGUUUACUGUCAUUAUAUUAGUAGACACCACUACUGGAGGCACGGGCUGGUCUCCACCAAUGUCACCUGUGGGAAUGAUGCCUGCAUGGAGCAGUACUGGCUGAGAGAGUGAAACCUCCCCAUAGAGCCAUGUUGGCUCUCUCAAUACAGCAGCCCCUGGGCUUAUGAGGGGGAAUCCUGUGUGUGUUGGAGGGGAUUGAGUUGGCCCUGCUUCAUACCUUUUUCACACUAUUGUCCCAACACAAACUGGGGGGAUCUUUUGGCUUGCUUUCCAGUGAAUAUAAUUGGUUUAAGGUUAUCCUGCCAUUUUCCAGCCUGUUUUGGGUUGUUCGUGGCUAGCUAACUAUGUGCCUCUGCUCGUUUUAAAAGCAGGAUGGCACUACAUAUGUUAUCUGGCCAGGUCAGCUUACACGACUGUGUGAAAUGGGUAUAUGAGACCAGUCAAUCCUUGCUCAGUUACCAAAAUCAAAGCAAUAGUGUAUUUUCUGUUUUUUGGGGGUUUUCUGUAUAUUUUGUUAUUGUUUUUAUAUAAAUAUACAGCUUGUGUAUCAGACCUAAUACUAUCUUUAACCCUGACCUGAAACGUUCCUGCUUUUCAAAGGUGAUGCACAAUUUGGCUCUGAAAUGUUUUGAUCUUUGUUAUUACAGAUUCACAAUCAAAGCAUGCCUUUUGAAAUGAUUUUUAUUUCAAAAACCAGGCAUUUAUUCUGAAGAGAAUAGUCUCCUUUUUGAUGGACUGGAGGUUCGGGCUCUGGUCCUCACUGAUAGUAUUCAUUAUGGUUUUAUAUGGUUACUCUAUAUGGUUUUAUUCAAGUGCAUCUCCGAGAGAGGCUUGACUCCAAAUCAGUGGUGAGCAUCUUAACUCUCCUCUGUUUUGUCCUCUCCGUUGUCUUUUAAUCUACUUGUGGAAUUGUUUUAUUCUGUCCAUGGCAAUAUUAUUUCCAGUGGACCUUAAGAUUGUCUUGUAUUGCACAUAGAAAACUUCACCUGUUGAUUCACAUUGACCUUGUAAUGGCAAUCACAAAUAGUUUCUUCUUUUUUUUAUGAAGGGAGAAUGUUUUUGUAGCUAUUACAUUUUUUUGAAGUGUUCUUAAGGUAGUUUUGGCAAUAGAGAAACUGACUUGCAUGGUUGACACUGUUUACAAAUUAGCCAAGAAAAAAUGCUGCUGUUUCCUUUUUCGGACACAGAUUUUAGUCACAGAAACUUCAAGUGGAUGAAAUCAAGAUGAAGUGCAAUUAGAGCAGAUGUAAAAAUCACACAGACAUUUAGUUUGAUAUGUCAUUCCAUAAAGCAGACAGACAUUUAGUUUGAUAUGUCAUUCCAUAAAGCAGACAGACAUUUAGUUUGAUAUGUCAUUCCAUAAAGCAGACAGACAUUUAGUUUGAUAUGUCAUUCCAUAAAGCAGACAGACAUUUAGUUUGAUAUGUCAUUCCAUAAAGCAGACAGACAUUUAGUUUGAUAUGUCAUUCCAUAAAGCAGACAGACAUUUAGUUUGAUAUGUCAUUCCAUAAAGCAGACAGACAUUUAGUUUGAUAUGUCAUUCCACAAAGCAGACAGACAUUUAGUUUGAUAUGUCAUUCUAUAAAGCAGACAGACAUUUAGUUUGAUAUGUCAUUCUAUAAAGCAGACAGACAUUUAGUUUGAUAUGUCAUUCCAUAAAGCAGACAGACAUUUAGUUUGAUAUGUCAUUCCACAAAGCAGACAGACAUUUAGUUUGAUAUGUCAAUCCACAAAGCAGACAGACAUUUAGUUUGAUAUGUCAUUCCACAAAGCAGACAGACAUUUAGUUUGAUAUGUCAUUCCAUAAAGCACACAUACAUUUAGUUUGAUAUGUCAUUCUAUAAAGCACACAGACAUUUAGUUUGAUAUGUCAUUCCACAAAGCAGACAGACAUUUAGUUUGAUAUGUCAUUCUAUAAAGCAGACAGACAUUUAGUUUGAUAUGUCAUUCCAUAAAGCAGACAGACAUUUAGUUUGAUAUGUCAUUCCACAAAGCAGACAGACAUUUAGUUUGAUAUGUCAUUCCACAAAGCAGACAGACAUUUAGUUUGAUAUGUCAUUCCAUAAAGCAGACAGACAUUCCACUUAGCUUAUGGUAAUUCCGUUUUUCUUUAUCUUCUAAAAUGUCUUCACUGUUAAUCCUCUUGUCAGAAAGACAUUUCACCUCAGUUUUGUCUAGUUUUAAUGUCUCUGGUCACUUCUGAACCGAUAGUCCUUGUCUGCAAAUGAUGUGUAUUUGUUUUUGAUAUCACCUGUGUCACAUGAUGUGCUCCAACACAGAUCCAAGCAUUAAUAUCCCAGGCUCACCGAUACUGUGUGAGAAGGUAACUGUGUUAGAGCAUUUAUCUGCUGGCCUGUCUGUCCUUGUAUCCUGGGCUUUGAGCUCUGAGGUGAAGACUGGUGAUUGUGUGUGGUGACAUCCAAUGCCUUCUAACGGACUUGAGUCCCUCAUCCACGCUAUUUAUAGACGGCUGUGUCAAAUCUAGUUCAUACACCCCUUCCAACCCCACCACCCUACUGCCUCCAGAACAUUUCUGUUGAGUGGAGCCUCCAAGGACACACGGUUCACUGAGGAUAAAACCUCAGACAGUCUUUGACAACAAGCCAUGAGAGAAUGUUCCUGAAGGAGAGGGGCGGUCCGUUAGGCCUGAUCAGGGCAGAGUCACAUGCCAUUUGAUACAGUCAUAACAACCAAUCUGUAAUUUUGUUGAAAUAUAAAUGUUUUUAAAUACGGUAGUGGUUAAAUGCCAUACAGAGAUGAGCUGGAUGAUUUUUCACAGUGGAGCAGUAGACAUUUAGCCAUAAACCGCUCAAUACUUAUUAAUUUAUUUUUUACAGUAAUUUACGUUUGUUACAUUUUUUUAUGCUAUAAGCAAUACAGUUGAACAGAAUACCUGAAAAUAUGUCAUGUAGUUUAAGGAUGUGCUAUGCAGUAAACUCUGAAGUAUUCUGCUCUUCAGUGACCAAGUGUACCUACUACGGGGUAGGACAGGUUUGUAAUGUAUAUAAGAAGGUGGCUGAUGCAGUCAUUGUACACUGAUCUCUCUGAGUACUAUAGCUUAUUGCCCACCAUUGGGUGUCUGAAUAUAGUGGAUUUAUUUUGUUUUUGUUUGGUUGUUUUUGUUCAGACCCUUAGUUGUCACUAACCUAAGUUCAGCACAGUGUUUUGUUCCAGUCAGCUCAGCCUAUUACCUCCAGCUUACGCUGCCAGGUAGUACAGGCCAAAUUGUGACCAGAGAAGGGUAUGCAUGUGUAACUCAAAUUUUUAUGUAAAUCUGUCAUUGACGUCUAUGGAUUUGUGCUGAAAUUCAAAUUAUGUGCAUGGAUAUCCAGUUAGAUUUUGGCCUUACGAUCCCUCUUGGUCACGUGUAGCAAUCCCUUGGUUAGAUAUGGUAUGAAUGUUACGGUGUGUAUUUCAGCCCUGUAGGGUCAGAGUCUUCUCUUUGGUGAACUUUUACUCUCCAAAAUGUACUGCCUUUACCAAGGGCUCUCAGCUGGGCCUGUCUCACAUUUUAUAGGAGAUGGUGUGGAGAGUGCAGAUGCUCUGAAAAAGGAUGCUGUAAACAGCCUGCCUGUGUCUCUGCACUGUUGUCAAAUGUUUUGUGAAUGGGUUGCAUCUCAUGUCCCACCUCCCUGGGGGCUCUUCUAGAAAGCAGGAUCAAUGAGUUAGCAAGCUAACAGUCCCCCAAAAAACAGGAAGAACUGCAUUUUUUUCUAGAUAUAUGAACUUUGAAAUUUGUAAUGGUAUAAUUGACUUGACAACCAUAUAAUUGGUUGUCAAGUUAUAAUUGACAACCAACAAUCCAUAUUCGGGUUUAGUUUUCUAAAUAAAAAUCAAGAGAUGUAUUUGACUGUUUAUCAAAGUUACCUGGCUAUGGUAAUGAUCCUGCUUCCUGGAACACCCCACUGCUCAUCUUUCCUCCAGAUAUUCUUACUUCAGUCAAAUAUUAUUAACAAACAGCACUUCUGUGUCUUACCACCUCCUCCCCUUGCCUUGCCACACAACAUGUGGAUCAAACACAGUAUUCUGCUCUGGGACAACCAUUCUAGGUGCAAAGCAGUGCCUCCUGUUUAUUUACCUCUUCCUCUCUGUCUUGAACACUGUAUGAGGCAGUGGCUGUAUGACCACUCUGACUCUCAGCAGACAGUCAGGUGGACAGGCACAUUAGCAGCACGCCUUCUGUUACACUCAGACUAGCAUCGUUCUCAGACUUCUGCUCGGGGCGUGAAAGUGCUACUUCAGCCGUUUUCUAGGUUCUUCUCUUGACUCUAACCAUCGUAAGAAAGGGGAAACAUUUGACCUGUACGUUUUUGACCUCACUCUUAUUACAUAGUCAAAGAAAAUUGCACUAAUUUGCCAUCCUUUAUAGUAUUAUAAAAUUAACGGUUAGUUAAUUGAAGUUUUUAAUUAUUAGCGCUAAACACAAAACCCAAUGAAACAAUCACUUGUCAGUUGUGCAUGUUUGUAGAGAGAAUGUUUUGUAUGGCUAUUAUCAAGCUUGUCAAUAAUGCCUUAAGAUCUGUACAAUGUGUUAAUGGAAUGAUGCUUAUAAGUGACCCAGUUUCCCUGUUUUUCUGUAGCUGCAAAGGUGGAUCAGUUCACUCUUGUUGUAUUGACCCCUCUUGGCACUCUCCUGGUGUUUUAUUCAUAAGCAGAAAGGCAUUUGGAGAUGGACUGUAUCUCCGGAUAGGGAGAGGUUACAGUGAGGGAUCAUGUUAGGGUGAGUCCCUAUCGCUGCUUGAAAGCUGGACCAGUAACUGACUCACUGUUUUUUUACACACACACACACCACCCUCUGUUGUUAAUGUGAGUGCAUGUUGGGAGUAGGUCCCUGAAGGUAAGAGGUUGUGCUCAAUGUAUUUUUGUUCUGGUCCUGUCUGAUCUACUUGGGAGAGAAUGUGAGGCUUUUCAAACCAGUGACAACUUUCCUUUAUUGGUAACUGUAUGGUCUGUUUUUGUUUUGUGAUUAUGGAAAAAAGGCUUUAUGACCCCUGUAUAAAGUAGCCCUGUUGGUCUGAUCUUGUAUGACUGAGGUAAAUAGACUGGAUGGGAUGGUGUUGUUGCCAGGCACUAGAGAUGCAGAAUUAAAUCAGGAAGAUGAGAAUGGUUCAAAGUUAAUGGAGUCGUUGGGUAUUUUCAGAUUUGUAUUUUGGCACUAAAGUUACUGCUUUUUACGUGACAUUUGACUAGUUUGAAAAGAAACAGCAUCUUUUUUUAAAGUAUAAAAUCUGCUAAAUAUAUGCAAUGAUGUAUGUAAUAUUCAAUCCUCAAAUAUAAUCCAGGUUGUAUAAACUUUUGUAUAGUGAGUUUUAAUAUCGUAUGGCCGUACCAAUAUGUAUUGAUUCGUAUCAAAAGCCUUAGUUGUCUAUCCAAAGUGCUCCCUUAGAAUACAGUACCCUACACCUACCUGAACUUUACAAAGCAUUAACUAUAUUUUGUUGCGUUUUUUUAUUUGUACCCUUUUUGAAUAAAAUAGAUUUGUACUGUAUAUUUGUACCGCUGUGAACUACUUAAGGCUGUUUUGUUUUUGUUUUGCUGUUUUAAUUCUAUGUACUUAAGGACACAAAGAUAUUGUAUUUUUAUUGUUACAGCUAACUUCUUGGAGACAUUGCAUUUAUCAUGUUUGUUAAGUAAACACAAUAAUAUAUAUAUAUAUAUACUUACUAUUACCCUA